UCUUAUUUGGUCUUUGCUGUUUGCAGUUACUUGUUUAUAUGUAAUGCUAAACAGAAAUUUCAUAUUAUGAACAUGAAUCCCGAUUUUCUGUUUUUGGUGCAACAGCAAUGGGGGAAUUCCAUUUUUUUAAUCAGUAAAAAUAAAUGUUUCUGAUUUCAUUGUACUGAAGUACGUGCAUCCCUGAGAUUCUAAGCCAGUGUCAAUUUCUUUAAGUGUUUACCCUUACUUUUCAACUGUAUACUUUCAAAUCUAUUAAAUGUAGACCUAUUGCUUUUUUUUUAACCCUUAGCUAUAUACUGGGUUUGAAUGCGAAGCUUUUCUUUCUUGUCUUCCCUCUCCAGGACAUUGGAAGGAUAAUGAAACUUCUUCAAUCUGGGGACCUGUGGAGCUGGUGGCUGUCAUUGCAGGACCAGUCUUUCUUGUGUUCAUCAUUAUGAUUAUAUACGUUUUUGUCUUCAAUCACCAUCCACGUGUGUACCACAAUCGUCAGCGAUUGGACAUGGAGGAUCCCUCUUGUGAGAUGUGUCUAUCGAAGGAUAAGACUCUGCAAGAUCUAGUCUAUGAUUUGUCUACUUCUGGCUCUGGCUCAGGCUUACCACUGUUUGUCCAGCGUACUGUGGCACGAACAAUUGUCCUCCAAGAAAUCAUUGGCAAAGGUCGUUUUGGGGAAGUGUGGCGUGGGCGAUGGCGUGGUGGUGAUGUAGCUGUGAAAAUUUUCUCAUCACGGGAAGAGCGAUCAUGGUUUAGAGAAGCUGAAAUCUAUCAAACAGUCAUGUUGCGCCAUGAGAACAUUCUGGGAUUUAUUGCUGCAGACAACAAAGAUAAUGGCACUUGGACACAAUUAUGGCUGGUCUCUGAUUACCAUGAGCAUGGCUCUCUGUUUGAUUACCUCAACCGAUAUACUGUAACUAUUGAAGGGAUGAUUAAAUUGGCUCUGUCUGCUGCCAGUGGUUUGGCACAUCUGCACAUGGAAAUUGUGGGGACUCAAGGAAAACCUGGCAUUGCACAUCGUGACUUGAAAUCCAAAAAUAUAUUAGUGAAGAAAAAUGGAACUUGUGCCAUUGCAGACCUUGGUCUAGCUGUCCGCCAUGAUUCUGUUACUGAUACAAUUGAUAUUGCCCCUAAUCAAAGAGUUGGAACAAAACGUUACAUGGCCCCCGAGGUUCUUGAUGAAACAAUAAACAUGAAGCAUUUUGAUUCAUUUAAGUGUGCUGAUAUCUAUGCCCUUGGCCUGGUUUAUUGGGAAAUUGCUCGCAGGUGCAACUCAGGAGGUAUUCAUGAAGAAUAUCAGCUUCCAUACUAUGACCUUGUGCCCUCUGACCCAUCCAUUGAAGAAAUGCGAAAAGUGGUAUGUGAACAGAAACUACGACCAAACAUUCCCAAUUGGUGGCAGAGUUAUGAGGCUUUGCGAAUUAUGGGGAAGAUGAUGCGAGAGUGCUGGUAUGCCAACGGAGCAGCACGACUAACAGCUUUACGCAUCAAGAAAACUCUCUCUCAACUCAGUAUCCAGGAAGAUGUGAAAAUUUAGACUGCAAGCACCAUCUUGAGGAAAGUGCACAAAAAGCUGCCAUGCAAGAAUUGAUGUGGUGAAGAAGGCCUACCUCGUCUUUGUAUUCAGCCUGCUGCUAUCAACUGGACAGCUUGGCCUGCAGGUGGCCAGGUGAGGAAGAUCGACAUUAAAGACUUCACUCACUCAAGAGUGAAACGCAUCUUUUUUUGAAUUCCCUCUCGAGAGCGUUCUGAGGGGCUUGUAUAGGAGAAUGUCAGUCACAAUAUAACCUUGUUUCUCUUAUGGAAAUCCCUGUAAAUUUGAGUUAUGUGCUGAUUAGGGGAAGCCUUGUGGCUUGGCAGAAGAAGAUACUUUCUUGUGGAUUAAAAAGUGUGGCAAGGGGAAGGUUUUGAGGACUGCCGUGUACACACAGGCACCUUGUGUGCACUUUGUCUGGCCAGAUAGUGGCCCUUUUCUAGCUCAACAGAUCCUAAGCCAGAACUACAGUGUGUGCAUGUGCAAAGGUAUGCAUCCCUUUGCCCCAUAGGUGUGUAUUGUGUCUGCUUGUGGUCCUGUGCAUGUUGAAAAUGUAGAGCGUCCUUUUGUGAAGUGCAGGUGCUAAUUCCUUAUUUCUCACUAGCUGAUAAUUAGCUGUCUUCUCACUAGGAAGGAGUAGGGUUCUGCCCUGCUAAAUAGUAGACUUGGGGGGGGGGUGUUUCACUGCCAUUCUUCCCCCUUUUUAAAGCAGGGAAAAUACUUUGAUUGUGCGUGUUUGUUUUUUAGUUUAAAAUUGUCCCAUAAUGGGUAGCAAUGGAAAGAGUUGUAGAAGAAUUAGGUAUCUGCUGAAAUUGGUGCUUUCCUACUUAAAGAAAGACAAACGAAGUUGACCGUUUAGGAUCAUUGCCCUUCCAUUUCUCAAGGUGCCUUUGGCAGAACAACUCCAGUGUUUUACAUUUCUCUACCAAAUGAAAUGGCUACGGAGAAAUAUGCACUCAGAGACUUCCUGGCAACAUUUGUCCUUUCAAGGAUCAAUGACUGCAAAAUAAAGCUGGUGUGUGUGUGUGUGUGUGUGUGUGUGUGUGUGUGUGUGUGUGUGUGUUUAUGUGUACAUAUAUAUAUAUAUAGAUAGACAGUUAAAUAUAAUAUGGUCUCCCUUAUUCUGGAAGCUACUUUGUGUCACUUGGGCAUGGGAUGGGGUGGGAUAGGGAAGGAUUGGGACUGGAUUAACUGCAUGCAUUUUGUUUGAAUUAAAUGAUCAGGGCAUAGUAGGACUGAUUAGGCUGUCACAUCUUUUGGGCGGGGGGGGGGGGACAGCCUCAGAUUGUAUUGUGAUGCAGAUAAUGCAUUAGACUCCAUUAUGUGUAGAUUGGGUGUUUGAUAGAUAACUCCUGAAGCCAUAACAUUUAACUGGAGUGGUUUGAUUAUUUUUUUUAAUUCUUAUUUUAACGGAGGGGCUGGAUUUUAACUUUUUUUACUAUUGUUUAUAAAAUAGAUAAUUACCUCUCAUUUGUUUAUAAAGAAAUCACUGCAAAAAAAGAAAAAAAACUGAGAAAUGCACACAGCUCAAUUUUACACUGGAACUGUUUCUAUAUAAACCAUGAACCCUUGACUACUAAGAGGAGGAGUUAUCCCUUCUUGGACUGGGGAUUUUAUAAGAAUAUAAAACAUUCUGUAUUUGUUGUUUGUCAGAGUAGGCAUGUGUACGUCUUUCCUUCCCUCUCCCUUAACCUUUCUGUGUCUUUGAUUGUAUUCUAUACAUUGCAGAGUUGCAUUGUGUAUUAGAGUCAAUUUGAGAUGUUCCUUUAGGUCUGUAACAAGUUGUAGCUUCCUUUAAUGCUGUGUUUUGAAAUCUCAGGCGCUUUUGUUUGUAGGCAUAUUGGGAUUUGUGCUUUUGAUUGUAAAACUUGCCCUUUUCUAUUAUUUUGGUCUGAUCAUUUCUGAGCCAGAGACCACCACCAAUCUCUAGCAAAGGGACACCAUUUACUAAAAUCUUCCAUGCAUUUCUGAUCUAAAGUAAAAGGCACCUUGAAAUUUAUGUUAAUCAUAUAUUUUCAUAAAUAAGAAAUGGCAUCUAUGAUUGCUGGAGUUGGAAUUGAGAACAACGUAUCACGAAGAUUUACACUUGGAGCUCAGGUAAUGGAAACGUUCAUGUGUAUAAUUUUACUGUCAAAUCCACCUCCAAUUAAAAGAGCCAUUUGAUUUUCAUAGAUAAGUUGAAGAUUUUAAGUGAUAGACAUGAAAUUAACUUGAGGCUAAAAAGUGUGUAUUUCCCUUAAAUAUAUUUUGUUUCCAAGUAUUCCCAAGUGUUAAAUAAUUUUGCCAAAGUGUGUGUUCUUUUCAUAUUGCAUACUUCUUGACAUUUUAUUCCUACAGCUUAGAGCAGUGGAUCUCAACCUGUGGGUUACGACCCCUUUGGGGGUCGAACAACCCUUUCACGGGUCACCUAAGACCAUCGGAAAACACAUAUUUUCGAUGGUCUUAGGAACCGAGCCAUAAUUUUAUGGUUGGGGGUCACCACAACAUGAGGAACUGUAUUAAAGGGUCGUAGCAUUAGGAAGGUUGAGAACCACUGGCUCAGAGGCAGAUAUAUAAAGUCAAUUUAAAUUGGAAUAGAAUUCCCCCAAUUACGCCUUAUGGUAAUUUGCUACAAAUAUUAUAUCAGUUGCUUCCUUCUCAGAAUAAAUCAGUUCUAAUUCUGCAUGAAAGGUCAUUUAUUUAAUAGUGCCUGUGAUCUGCUCGAAUCCCAUCAAAAACUGAGGAAUUGUACAACAUCAAAACAAAAAAUUCCAACCUAUAACAAUAGCCAAAUUCAAAUACUUAUCAAUAACAAAAAAUAAUUACAGAGAGCAGAAAUAAAAAGAUAAGAUGGUCAUCCAGGAUCAAAAGUGCACUGAAAUAAAAUAGAUUUAACCUGUUUACAUUAGGUGGGGACUGCAUGUACUUUUGCAGGGAGAAUAUUCCCUGAGUUGGGGGAUAUUAUAAACCUCACAAGGGAGAGAAUUUUCAGACACGUUCUUGAUGACUAAACCAGUGAACACUGGUAUAUUGCCUGUAUGUGUCCCACUUUGUGCCAUUUAGGGCUCUAUGGCUAAUGGCCAGCACUUUGAAUUGGGCCCAGAAGCUUACCACCUACCUAUGCAGGAUCUUUAAUAUAGGUGUAAUUCUGGCUAGAUGGGGCUAUCUUGCCAAUAAUCUUACUGCCACAUUUUGUAUCAGGUACAGCUUCCAGAUUGUCUUCAAAGGCAGCUCAUUGUAAUAUACAUUGCAGUAGUCAAGUAGUAAUGAAAAUCUGAGUUAUUGAAAACAAAGCAUCCUGUUCUAUUUAGGAUUGUAAAUAGCACAAAGCCACAGUUUCCACCAGUCAUUUAAGUAGAAAUUGUGAAUCAUGCAGACCUCAAAUUGACAACUACAUCCUUCAGGGGGAGAUAAUGCAGUCCAGAAUGGUCUACUGAUCAUUAUGAACCCUGCCUUGCAGAAUUUUAUGUUAGCUUGCUCCAUCCAAACCUCACAGAUGCUGGUUCAAAACAUCUAUAGGGUUGUGAAGUAUAAUAGAGCAUUGGCAGUCCUUAGGGUUCAAAGAAGGUACUAUAUUUUAUAGUUGAUACUGUCCACAGGUUUUUUCCCCCCAGUUUUUGAUAGCGCCUUAUUUUCAAAGCUGGUGAAGACUUCACAGCACAGGGCUUGCCAGCAUGUUCUGUCAUUAGUUGUGGCUUCUAGUUCCCACGGCUGGGUGUCACAGUGGCCUAGGGUUUCAUUCAGUGUCUUUGUAGAGCUUCCAGAGCAACUGGCAAGGCAUACAGUGGUCAUCCAUGCUGAGGACAUAUCCCACCCAAGUCCUCUGACCUCUGAUAAUUAGGGACUCAGUACUGGUGGACUCUGCAUAAUCCAGGACUCCCAGUUUGGAGACUGUCUUGCCAAUGAAUGCCAAGGGUUGAUUGGAGAGCGCACAUGUGAAAUUUCUCCAGUUUGAUAUGUCUUUGAUGCAGAGUCCAGAACUCACAUUUAUAUAAGAGGGAUGGGCUAACCACAGCUCUGUAGACUUUUUGCUUCGUGGAGAUAUGGAUGCUGUAUUGAUUGAGCACUCUAGUACAUAGCCAUCCCAGUACUUGACUAUCCAUGCUGAUCCUGGAGUCAAUUUCUUUCUCCAAAAACCGUCACUCAAGAUGACUCUUCCAAAGUAUUAAAAGCUACUUAUCAGCUUAGCUUGAACCAGUAAAUCACCUGUUACACCAUUUCAUAUAGUUUUUAAACAACAUGGAGCCCUGAGGGAUCCCACACUGAAGCUUUCAUGGAUUCAGGUGCAUCUCCCACAAGUCAUUGACUGACCACACUCUCAGGUAGGAGCAGAACUACUGUAAAAUGGUGCCUCAAACUCCCUGUAUGAAGGACACCAUGGUAUUCUUGAUGGCAUUUGUACACUGCUUGGUUCUGAUAAAACCAAGAGGGGCAUAGUCCCCUCACCCCAUCUGCAUCUGAAGGAAGUUUCCCUAUCAGGAAAGCCAGUGCCAUUUUUGUUCCAUAAUCAUGUCUGGAUCCUGACUGAACAGGGUCCAGAUAAUCUGCUCCCUCUAGGAUCUUCUCUAGUUAAUUACCCAGUAUUUCUCAACACCAUUUCCUAGGAAGGGUAGAUUACAACAUAUAGGGCAAACUUUUAUCAAACUUUAUCAAGCUGAACCCAGGCUUUUCUUCUUCAGUUACCCCCUUCAAAGCAGGCGACAUCAGCUUCUCUCAAGCAUAAAUAACCUACCAGUUCCAGCUGAUCACACCCUAGCCAGCCACCGAAUGAGUCGAGAAUACAACAUUUUGGUGGGGGAUCAGGCUAUACUUGGAUUCCACAAACUCAAAAUAAUCCAGAUCAUAUCUGUUGGCACCUCAGCUCUGCCCUCUUGGCAUCCAAUCCAGAGAGGACAAGAACCAUUUUAUUCAUAAAGAAACCCUCAAAUUAAUCCAGCAGUAUUGGACUCUUUAGAAUUUUUUUCCUUUUUUUGUUUCAUGACAAAGUAAAAAUGACCAAAGGAUUGUUUUUCCUAAAUGGAAAACAGGAACAUUUACCUGAUUUCAAAUUGUAGGCAUAUUCAAAAAAAGGUCCCUCAAACUGCACUGUUUUAAUCAAGCAGAGUUGGGUGCUUAUUUAAGACAUUUCUUUGAUGUGUCUUUAUCACUCCAAUAACAUAGUUAGCUACUGCAGUUGGCAUUUUUGACUAAGAGGAGCAAAUAUCCUUUCUAUGGUAACAAUAGCAUUCCUUCCAUUCCUAACCAUUCAUUCAUAGUUACUUAAAAAAAGUAGGAGGUUCCAUUGCAAAUUAAACCAGUAACUGUCAUGGUACUUUGAGGGUUUUUUUCAUGAAAUUUUAGUCCAAUGGCCAAAUAACCCAGCCCUGGGGUUACAAAUAGCAGGAUAGAAUCCCAAUGCUGGAUUCCAUUUGGGGAACAUCAGCCAGCUUUAUCCGAACAGACUAGAGUCCUGAUAUGAAAUUUCCCAGUAGAAAACUGCAUUUGCAAUGCCCCUAAUCUUUUCCAAAACUUACACAGUAUAACUUACAGUUGGGGGUCACACCGGCUUCAGAAUAGAUCAUUCUUGGUACUAUUGUCUUGUCUCUUCUGUCUUUCUUGUCCCAAAAAUGGAUUCCUUCUUGAUCUUUAUAUUUGUUUCAGGUUUUAUAUGUUUUACUAGAGAAAGACUGUAAAAUAGCCACUUAGACACUUUAUCUCCUCAGUAUGCAAAUGUAAAUAGAUGUAAUAUAGGAAAGAAAUCUUUUGUUUUAAUAUAAGAAUGAGGCUGUCAAAUUUUUGGUUGUACAUUAUUAAAAGUUUGUUUUUAUUCACAUAAA